UAGUGCUGGUUGGAGGGAGAGGGGGGUGUGGAGACAGCCUGGCCGCCUGUUCCCACAGCCGCGAGCGGAGUGUGCUGCCAUGGCGCUGGCCAGGCCUGGGACCCUGGCCCCCCGCCCCCCAGCCCCUCUCCUGCUGCCGCUGCUCUUGACUCCUGCCCUCGCCCUCCUGGGUGGAACGGUACCAUCAGGGACCCCAAGUGUCUGUGCCUCAGACCCGUGCGCUCCAGGGGCCGAGUGCCAGGCUAUGGACAAUGGUGGCUACACCUGUGGGCCCACGGAGCCCCAGGGCUGCGCCAGCCAGCCAUGCCACCAUGGCGCCCUGUGCGUGCCCCAGGGUCCAGAUCCCAAUGGCUUCCGCUGCUACUGCGUGCCUGGGUUCCAGGGCCCACGCUGUGAGCUGGACAUCGACGAGUGUGCAUCCCGGCCCUGCCACCACGGGGCCACCUGCCACAACCUGGCUGAUCGCUAUGAGUGCCACUGCCCCCUGGGCUAUGCAGGUAUGACCUGCGAGACGGAGGUGGACGAGUGUGCCUCGGCACCCUGCCUGCACGGGGGCUCCUGCCUGGACGGCGUGGGCUCCUACCGCUGCGUGUGUGCACCGGGCUACGGGGGCGCCAGCUGCCAGCUGGACCUGGACGAGUGCCAGAGCCAGCCGUGCGCGCACGGAGGCCAGUGCCACGACCUGGUUAACGGGUUCCUGUGCGACUGCGCAGACACGGGCUACGAGGGCGCGCGCUGCGAGCAGGAGGUGCUGGAGUGCGCGUCGGCUCCCUGCGCCAACAACGCGUCCUGCCUCGAGGGCCUCGGGACCUUCCACUGCCUCUGCUGGCCAGGCUACAGCGGCCAGCGGUGUGAGGUGGACGAGGACGAGUGUGCGUCGGACCCCUGCCGGCAUGGGGGGCAGUGCCUGCAGCGCUCGGACCCAGCCCUCUACGGAGGCGCCCAGGCCGUCUUCCCCGGCACCUUCAGCUUCCGGCACGCUGAGGGUUUCCUGUGCCGCUGCCCUCCGGGCUUUGAGGGGGACGAAUGUGACGUGGACGUGGAUGAGUGUGCCUCACAGCCAUGCCUCAAUGGAGGUCGCUGCCAGGACCUGCCCAAUGGCUUCCAGUGCCACUGUCCGGACGGCUACACAGGCCUGACGUGUCAGGAAGAUGUGGACGAAUGCCUAUUGGAGCCCUGUCUCCAUGGCGGGACCUGUGAUAACACCAUGGCUGGCUACACCUGCCGGUGCCUGGAGACCUGGGGUGGGCACGACUGCUCUGUGUGGCUCACUGGCUGCCAGGGCCACGCUUGCCCACCCGCUGCCACCUGCAUCCCCAUCUUCAAGUCUGGGCUCCACAGCUAUGCCUGCCGCUGCCCACCUGGUACCCAUGGACCUUUUUGUGGCCAGAACACCACCUUCUCUGUGGUGGCUGGGAGCCCAGUGCAGGCCUCGGUGCCAGCUGGAGGUCCUCUGGGUCUGGCACUGAGGUUUCGCACCACACUGCCUGCCGGUGCCUUGGCCAUGCGCACUGAUGCUCGGGACAGCUUGGAGCUGGCACUGGUGGGGGGCACACUUCAGGCCACACUCUGGAGCCAUGGCAAUGCCACCGUGCUUCCCCUGGGGCUGCCGCAUCUGGCCCUUAAUGAUGGCCACUGGCACACAGUGGAGGUUUCACUCCGCCUGGGGGUCCUGGAGCUGCGGCUCUGGCACGAGGGCUGCCCUGCCCGGCUGUGUGUGGCCUCCAGUCCUGUGGCCCCGGCUCCUGUGGUGGCUUCCGCAGCCCCGGUGCCUGCCAGGCUCUGCUCCACCCAGCUGGGUGGCGCCGCCUUCGAAGGCUGCCUCCAGGACGUGCAUGUGGACGGGCACCUCCUGCUGCCCGAGGAUCUCGGCCAGCAUGUCCUCCUGGGCUGUGAGCGCCGUGAACAGUGUCAGCCUCUGCCUUGUGCCCACGGAGGGGCCUGCGUGGACAUGUGGACUCACUUCCACUGCAGAUGCCCCCGGCCCUAUAGCGGUCCUACGUGUGCAGAUGAGACUCCUGCUGCCACCUUUGGCUUGGGGGGCACCCUGAGCUCUGCUUCCUUCUUGCUCCACCAGCUGCCAGGUCCCAACCUCACCGUGUCCUUCCUCCUCCGUACCCGGGAACCUGCUGGCCUGCUGCUCCAACUUGCCAAUGACUCAGUAGCUGGGCUGACAGUGUUCCUGAGCGAGGGCCAGAUCCAGGCUGAGGUGCUGGGCGGUCCCGCUCUGGUGCUCCCUGGGCGCUGGGAUGAUGGGCUCCGCCACCUGGUGACGCUCAGCUUCGGGCCUGACCAGCUGCAGGGCUUGGGGCAGGAGGUGCACGUGGGUGGGGGGCUCCCCUCUGCGGAUGCCCGGCCCUGGGGUGGGCCCUUCCGAGGCUGCCUCCAGGACCUGCGACUCAAUGACCUCCGCCUCCCGUUCUUUCCGCCGCCGCUGGGGAACUCGAGCCGGCCCGGCGAGCUCGGCAGCAGGCAGUCCUGGAACCUCACCAUGGGUUGCGUCUCCGAGGACACAUGCAGUCCCGACCCCUGUCUCAAUGGGGGAACCUGUCUUGUCACCUGGAAUGACUUCCAGUGCACCUGCCCUGUCAACUUCACGGGGCCAACGUGUGCCGAGCGGCUGUGGUGUGCUGGCCAGCCCUGCCUCCCGCCUGCCACCUGUGAGGAGGUCCCUGAUGGCUUUGUCUGUGUGGCCGAAGCCACGUUCCGCGAGGGCCCCGCGGCGGCUUUCAGCGGGCACAACGUGUCGUCCGGGCGCCCGCUCAGCGGCCUCUCGCUGGCCUUCCGCACGCGCGACCCCGAGGCUCGCGGCCGCUGCCACUCCCGUCCCGACGGCCGCUUCGAGUGCCGCUGCCCGCCUGGCUUCGUGGGCCCGCGCUGCAGAUUGCCUGUCUUGCCAGAGGCGUGCAGCUUGAACUCCACCUGCCUCGAUGGUGGCCCCUGUGAGGGUGGGCCCCGGGCUGCCAAUUGCAGCUGCCAGGAGGGCUUUGCUGGCCAGAGGUGUCAGCUGCCCUGUGAGGCCAACCCCUGCUUGAACGGGGGCACCUGCCGGGCCGCCGGGGGGGCGUAUGAGUGCGUCUGCAGCGCGAGGUUCUCGGGCCAGUUCUGCGAAGUGGUGAAGGGCCUGCCGCUGCCACUGCCGUUCCCGCUGCUGGAGGUGGCGGUGCCCGCGGCCUGUGCCUGCCUCCUCCUCCUCCUCCUGGGCCUCCUCUCAGGGGUCCUGGCGGCCAGGAAGCGCCGCCAGUCGGAGGGCACCUACAGCCCGAGCCAGCAGGAGGUGGCUGGGGCCCGGCUGGAGAUGGACAGUGUUCUCAAGGUGCCGCCCGAGGAGAGACUCAUCUAGGGCUGCCUGGCUGCUGGCGCCAGCCCCUGCGAGGUCCCGGAUGGUUUGUACCUGAGGACCCAGGGAGGCCCCUUCCAGGAGCCUUCGGGGAAGCCGCUGGCCUCUCACGGGCCUUCGGGAGCUGCCGUGGAGCCCAGGAGACCUGCCGGGGAAGUGUCACCUCUGCUGCCGGCCCCUGCCUCUGCCCCGGGAGAGGGGAGCACUGACGGGAGCACUCAGGGAAGCAGCCGGGAGCCUGGCGAGGCCUUGGAUGGCUCCAUCGGACCUGCCAGCUCUUGCGUCAGCAAGCGAACCGCUGUGUGGGGGAGGGGCACAUGUGGGUGCACACGGCGUGUUCAGAAGUGUGUGUGGGCACAUACCUGGGGACUGCUGAUCUGCAGAUGUCCGUGUGCGUGUCCUGGACGGGGCUGUGUCCUUGCUGUGUGUGCACAGGACCGCGUAGUGGGUGCAGGCGAUCCCACGGAGGGUGGCUGGGCAUUGGGGAUAACCUUCCUGGCCCUAGGCCAGGGGCACUACAUGUUUCCUGGGAGGAAACAGGCCAAGGCUUUACCCGAGGACCAAGGUCCCCGGCUCUAGCAUCUUCUCCCGCCUCUGGAGGCUGCUCCCACCCUGGAGGCGACUGGGAAAUUGGGAGGGGGGCGGUUAUCAGCUAGGGGCCCCUGGUUCCCAGGACACAUGCUCCUUCAGGCAGCUGUCUCUGGCCUGUGCCAGAGUUGGACCACAGCCAGGGCAGACCUGGGGGAGCAGAGGACAGGCCACCCCAAGCUCUCCCACCUUGCCGUGGCCAGCUGUCUGGGGAAGUGGCCUCUGCCUACCUCGCAGGGCUGUUGUGAGAUCAGUGGAUGAUGAUGGGGAAAGAGCUCGGGACUUUGCUACUGGGUUGUCUGGGUCACCCUUUUAGGUUUCAGGAAGGGUUGUCUCUCUGGCUGGAGCUGGGGAAAAGGCGGGGGGGGUGUUCCCAGGGGCUUGCAAGAAGGCCAGAGGAUAAAAGAGCAAAACUACCGUCUCCCACCCCCGGCCGACCAUCUCUGGUUCUCCAGGGCCAGCACUCCCCGUCACAGCUGCUGGUGAGGCCACUCCACCUACAGACAGGUCGUCUCUCUAAAUGGCUGAGGUGGGGGGAGGGGGAUUCAGGACUCGCAAGAAGCCCUCAGAGCUGUUUGCUGAACUCAGCAGAUGUUGGCAUGGCCUCUGUGUUGGGGUUUGGUCCUGCAGACACAGACACAGACACAGACACGAGGAGGAACAUGCUGCUCUCCUUCCAGUCCCUUCCCUGGUGACGCCAUCACACCUAUCGCAAAGGGGCACCUCCCCCCCCCAGCGCCCGACCUCCUCCCAGCUUCACGGAAGCCCUUAGUCCCUGACCUGGAGACAUGCCUUUCUAUCCUUCCUGUUUCCUAGACCAGCGCCUCCUGUGCCAAGGCCAGGGGACCCCUUUCCACUUUUAAGUUGGCAGUUGGCUUUACCUGGCUCCCCUCGGGGGCUCAGCCAGCUCCUAGAGGCACAGGAUCCAAUCUGAAGGAGAACCGCGUGUGAUGAGGGGUGAGGGAGCGUGUGGGUGGGGGUGCUCAGCUGAAGCUGGGCUGGGAAGGUCCCUGAACGCUAGGUAAGGGGCUCGCUUAGUCCUUAUCCGGUACGAGGUGGGACCUUUCCCUCACCUUUCUCCACCACGACUCCUGGGAAGGUCAGGGAGGAAACAUCUGGUAGCAGUACCUUAGCCACAGCUGGUGCCUUGGUUAUUUAUUAAAUCAGGGAUUUGGCGAACCUGUGUUCUUGCAGACUCCUAAGACACAUGGAACCCCAAUAAAUAAAAGUGCCACUUUUUUAGGA